AAAAGAAUUGUUAAUUUCACAUUUGAUAGUUUAAUUUUAUUAACAUGAAGCUAGUACACACGCUCGCUGUAUGCCUGCACCUAUGGGCAAUUAUAAGCACCGUAUACGGCGGUAAUGUCAUGCUGGUGGGCGGAGGUCUCACGGAUGAGAAUGCGGCCGUGUGGAGUCGGUUCAUCGAACUCGCGGGUGGACAAGGCGUUGCAAGAGUCGGUGUUAUCACGACUGCAUCAGCAACUCCUGAAGACUCGGCCACUUAUUACCAGGACAUGUUCUUGGCAUACGGAGCAGCUUCAGUUGACUACAUUCCCAUCACUGAGAGGAGCCAUAAUGCUAACGACGCUGCGGUUGCAGACCUGGUGGCUUCACAAACUGGUCUCUUUAUGGGAGGUGGCGACCAGGCCAGAAUAUUGGCAGGGUGGGUCAACGCUGAUGGGUCAGACACUGCGAGUCUGAGCGCUCUACGAGGGGUGCUGGCAGCGGGGGGCAUCGUUGGUGGCACGAGCGCCGGGGCGGCCUGUCAGGGCACCGGACCCAUGAUAGAUGGGGGACUAUCUUAUAAUGCAGUCGCUUACGGUGCGUAUGCGGGAGGCUACAACCCUGACUACCCCGACGAUCUGUGCUACAUCGAGGACGGCGGCCUGGGGCUGGUGAGGGGCUAUGUGGUGGACACCCACUUCUCCCAGCGCGGCAGGGAAGCCAGGUUGAUUGAGUUGCUGCUGGACACGAAGACUUCAGACCCGAGCACGCAAGUGGCUAUCGGCGUAGAUGAAGACACCGGCGUGCUGAUAGCCGAAGACGGAACUGCUGAGAUCCUGGGCUCGGCGGGAGGAGCGAUGGUCGUGAGCGUCGCCGCUGCUGUCAAGGACCCCGCGGCGCCCCACACGCGAACCGCGGGCGUGCGAGUCUCAUACUUCACCGAGGGCGACGUGUUCAACUUGUACGAUGAUUCCGUGGUAUUCCCAAACUGGAAGACGUCCAUAACAGGCAACGAACAAUACAUUGACGCCACUAGCAGCAAUAACAUCUUCUCGUCGCCUAACAAACUAAUUCGCGAGUAUGGAGUUUUCAGAGACGUGGCGCACCGACUAUGGGACUCAAAAGUGAACACGGUCACUAGCUAUUCCUACGAGACCGGCCCGACAUUUUCCGUGACCAUGAAGAAAGAAGGAGGCUCAGCCGUUGUCGGGGACUCUCCAACGCUCUCGACGCGCGUGGUGUCUUACCUCAACAUGGAAGUCGGCAUUGACUAUACUAUUCUUGAAGAGCAAUAAAUAAAAUCUAUCUAAAGCUCA